GUGGUUACGUGGUUUCAUAAACACAUUGCAAUAGUUUUACUUGAUUAAUAAUAUAUUAUUAAACAAUUUUCUUUUAUUCUGUAAAUAAAAUUAUAUUAAAUUAAAUUGAUAAUAUUUUCUUAAUUGCCACUUAAAGAAGUUAUCAUCACUAAAAAAAAAUUAAAAAUACAUAAUGAAUAUACAAAAGAUUUGUGUUUGUGUGAUAACAUUAACGACUUAUUGCUUUGGGGAUAACGAAGAACCAGACAUAAAUCAACCAACCAAUGAAGAUAAUGUAGAAGAUGAGCAAAUAUAUAGCAACCACAAGUAUAUUGACGACGAUUUAAUAGGAUCCAUACAAAAAUAUGAGCCAGGAAGAGUUCAAAUUAAAGUCUACAGAGGACCAGAUAUGAUUGAGAAUGGCGAAUCGUACGCCCCGCAUGGCUAUUGGGUUAAGCAACCAUCAGAGGAUUAUUAACGACCAUUAUUUUUUAUUUAUUUUAUAAUUAUAAUUGUUAUACUAUACAUUUCUAGAGCUUACUUAAUAUAAAAUGAUGAUUUGUAGUUGAGUUAUGAUCGCUUAUGCAACAUAAAGUUUAAUGUGUACCACAUACUUUUGAAAGUUAAUUAUUAAAUAAUAGUUACUAAACAAAAUUUCACAAUUGAUAUUUUACAUUUUCACUUGUUUUAUGGCACUUCUACUAAAAAUUCCCGUCUUGAGCGUAUUAAUCUCCCUAUAUAUAAUAACUAUUAUAAAAUAUAAAUACAAAGACAAAACUUAUCAAAACAAAUGUAACAGAAUGUUGCGC